GCAAGAGUGGGGCGCGGGCGGAGACCAAACCAGCCACGAAAAGGGACGGGGAGAGAGGAGUGAGUCGGGGGAAGAAGCCGAGAGAGGCGAUGCGCCUCCUGGCCCUGGCGGUGCUGCUGGUCCGAGUGCCCGAAGUAUGCAAAGCUCUGAAUGUGACUGUCUCUCCAGGACCCAAACUACUAUAUAUGACGGGAGACAAUGCUACACUAUUUUGCCAUGUUUCUCAAAAAAGACGACUAGAGAAUCUGCUAGCUGUCCGGUGGGUCUUUGUCCUUCCGCCUACAAAGGAGUAUUUGAUACUCAAAAUGACUAAGUAUGGAGUUGUCCAGUACUAUGGAAAUUAUACACAUCACUUCUAUAAACAAAGACUUCAUCUUUUUGAAGACAAAUAUAGAACAGUGUACACAUUUUUGAUACUGAAUCUCCAGCAAGCUGACCAAGGGCACUAUACAUGCAAAGUUCAGGAAAUUGGCAAGCAUAGAAACAAGUGGAUAGUAUGGUCUAAUGGCAGUGCAUCUACAGAAAUCCAAGUGAUUUCAACCCACAUUUCAGAUGAGUCCACUGCUGGGAAAAAUCACAAAGCCUGGAAAUUUUUUGAAGAUAUAUAUGUGAUUGCUGUUUUCGUGUGUUCCAUAGGCAUCAUUAGUCUUCUGCUAUUCACUCUUGUAAUCUUCUGCCAGACUUUGCUCAACAGGAAACAGUCCCGUGUGAAGCAUUACUUGGUGAAGUAUUCCCAGAACAGCUUAGGAGAGACAGUCACUAGUGUGACAAGCUUGUCCACAGCUCAACCUAUAAAAAUAAAAAGGAAGAAAAAAGUUGAGCGACCUCCUGCUGUUCCAGAUAAAGCACCAAGAUCCAACACUUUCUCUAACCCUAAGCUGUUGAAACCACAAAGGAAAAUCCUUCUGCCUAAAAUUGCUGAAGAAAAUUUAACCUAUGCAGAACUGGAACUCAUCAAACCUCACCAGGAAGCAAAAGACGUUCCUGCGAUGACUGUCUAUGCUCAGAUUCUCUUUGAGGAAAGCAAGAUAUAAACAUAUUAUUAAAACAUGUUUAAGCUUUGUCAUGCAGUUUGUAUAUAAAGUGCCAUACAAACGUGCUUUUGAAAACUUCUUGUCCUGUUCAGAUUUUAUAGAUUCCAAAUUGCAUUUCAAGGGACACAUUUGAGACCAAGAAAAAGCAUCUCUUUCAUUUUGCAUCUGACUAUAUCACUUGCUUUUGUUUUAAUGUUAAGUGUAAUGUUUAUAUUGUGUUAUUUAUGUUUUUGUCAUCAGUUACAAGAGGAGUGAAAGCUAAAGAGCUCCCCGUUGUAAUCUUAACCAAAGUGCUAAAUCAGAAGCACAAUGUUGUAUUUUCCUUACAUAUUUUUCCAGUUUUCAGCAGUUCAGCAAUCUGUUAUCAUUUGGGAGCUGUUAUCACUGAGUCAUGACAAUUCCCCCUGUUUUUGAACACUUGAAUGCUGGAAUAUUAAAAGACUAAUCCCCUUCUACACUGCCAGAUAAGAUCCAGAUUUUCAGCUUUCAACUGGAUUAAAUAGCAGUACAGACUAAUAUAAUUAAGUUCAAAGCAGAUAAUGUGGAUUAUCUGCUUUGAUAAUCUGCUGCUGAAUACGCAUGCCCAAUGUGGAAUACAUACCACGUUAAAACAGUGGACAUGGCUCUUAAGGAGACAUGCUGCAUUAUCACAGGAUGUCUACCCCCUACACCACUGGAGAAAUUAUACUGUUUAGCUGGCAUUGCACCACUUGACAACAUUUGGGAAGUAGAAGACAACAAUGAAAGGACCAAGGCAUGGACAUCUCCAGCUCAUCCCCUAUUCGGAUUUCAGCCAGCAUGCCAAUCCCCUAAAUCAAGAAAUAACUUACUAAGAUGUACAGAGACACUCACAGGAACACCUCAGCAAGCGAGAAUCCAAAAGUGGCAGGUUAAAACCUGGAACCUCAAUCCAUGGCUGAGAUCAUGGACAACUUGGAAGGCACUGAACAGACUGCGCUCUGGCUCUACAAGAUGCAGAUCUAAUCUUAAGAAAUGGGGCUACAAAGUGGAGUCCACAACAUGCGAGUGUGGAGAAGAGAAACCACAGACCACUUACUACAAUGCAGCCUGAGCCCUGUCACAUGCACAAUGGAGGAGCUUCUCACAGCGAAAAUAGAGGCACUCCAAGUAGCCAGCUUCUGGUCAAAGAAAAUUUGGUAUAAUGCUAAGUUUUAAACUUCGUGGUUUUUAAAAUACAUACAUUAUAACUGUACCCUCAAUUUGCUUCUGACACGAUAAAUAAAUAAAUCUGGAUUUUAUGGCAGUGUAGAAGGGGCCUAAAAAUGAACUGGGAGAAAAUAUGGAAUAUUCCGUCAGUAGUGUUGCAUAUUGUAAGAUUUAUUUCUGAUCAAGACACCACUUCUAGGUGCCUGAGUCUUGCAUUUUAAUUUUUAUAAGGAAAGGCCAUUCUCUCACUAAGUAAUUUUAUUCUACAAACCGUUCACUCUGAAAUUGAUGUGAGUUGUGUACUAUUCCGUUUGUGGAGGCAUCGAUCUUAACCCCGUUUGGACUUUAAUUUGAAAGGCUUGAACUUUAAUUCUAAAGUGGAUAGAUUAGCGCACAAGCACGUGACCAUAAUAUGUGCUUGAUCUUUAUAUAGUAAAGAACAUAAAUGCUAAUUUUUAAUCUCUAUGUAUCUUUGUUUAAGGUAAUAACUAUCCCAUCUGAACUAAAGAACAGACAUGUUCAAUGACCAUGUUUGUGAUUUCUUAGAUGCUACAAUGCAUCCAAAAGGAAGCAUUUAAACAUUACAUUUGAUUUCUAAAUCUUAUUGCACACUUCAUAUUUUCUUAAGUGUUCCAAAGGAAACAUUUAAGCAUUACUUACAUGGAUGGAGCAUUACUUAAAAGUGCAGUCCAGCUGCCAAAAUAAAAUAAAGGACUCAAAUGUUUAUAAGUUUGGGUAAAUAUUAAUUCAGCAGUGAUUUCAUUCACCAGCCUCUUGAUAACAAAGGGCACAUAUUUGAAGCCAACUUUUUGGAUGGUUGUUGAUUUUUAAUAAACUUGGUAGGUAAAUAUCCAGUUGGUCCAGUUUGCAAGUUCCAGUGCUUAUCAAUGUACUUGACUAUAAUUGAAAGUUGAUACUAUCUGAGGCCAGACAAUUUUGUGAGUCGAUUUCAACCAUGACACAGAAUCAUACUGGUUGACCUUGAGGCUCAGCAAUGCCCAGAGCUUCUUCACAUCCAGAGAAGAGGACCUUUUUCCAUAACAAAUCAUAUCCAUUUCCUUCAGUGAAUAGCCAUUAUAUGUGGUGGGUCUCCACCAUGUUCCCUAUGGAGUAUAGGACCACCCCCAAGCCAAUAAAUAAGGAGGGGUUUGCUCCAUGGUGUGGCAUCAAAAUGCUGCUUCAUGUGAAAUUUUGGCCAAUGUGGAAGGACCGAUAACCGUGACCGUGAGACAAGAUUUGACCCCGAAUUUGCCUUAAAACAGCAGCAGCCCAGGGAGAGCCAUUGUACCUUUGGCCAUAGGGGAAACGAAGGCCUAUUGUAAACUUUAAGAAAAGUGAUUGACAAAAAAGCAAAUAAACAUAGUGCAAAACUAUGAGAAAACCUAAGAAUAAACAUAUGUAGUAAUCAUGUUGGCCCUGCAGCAAAAUCCUAGAAAAUCUUGCUGGACUGUAGCCUAUGGCUACAGUAAAGAACUGGAGAUACAAGAAAAGAUACUAAAAAGAGAAGGAAUUGAGUACCAUUAGGGUUUUUUUUAAAGGGCAGUUGAGUCUAUUUUUCAUUAAUGUUAUACAAACAGUGUAAAUAUAUAUAUUUACAUACAAUAGAGUCUCACUCAUCCAAGCUAAAUGGGCCAGCAGAACCUUGGAUAAGCGAAUAUCUUGGAUAAUAAGGAGGGAUUAAGGAAAAGCCUAUUAAACAUCAAAUUAGGUUAUGAUUUUACAAAUUAAGCACCAAAACAUCAUAUUAUACAACAAGUUUGACAGAAAAAAGUAGUUCAAUACGCAGUAAUGUUAUAUUGUAAUUACUGUAUUUAUGAAUUUAGCACUGAAAUAUCAUGAUAUAUUGAAAACAUUGACUACAAAAAUGGCUUGGAUAAUCCAGAACCUUGGAUAAGCGAGUCUUGGAUAAGUGAGACUCUACUGUAUUUAGAAGAUUGGUUGGGAUGGGAGAGGUGUAAUUCUUGAGUACAGGAUGUGGACAAGUUCCUGAGGCAAAUAAGGAGGGCAGCCUGUUUUCUUGCUCCUUUUGGAUGGUCAUCCAGAGGAGAGACUUAGUUCGAUUUCAAAUACAUCACAUAAUAAGUGUAUCUCUCAGGAAGAGGAGCUUGCCAUCCUGUUUAAAAGAAACAGUAGUUAGACCAAUGCUGAAAAAGUUCUCCCUGGAUCCCCUGGACUUUGAUAACUGCAGACCAGUGUCUAACCUUUCUUUUUUGGGCAAAGUGAUUGAGAAGGCAGUUGCCCUCCAACUCCAGCUAGUCUUGGAAGACACUCUUCGCACAUUUCAAACCAGUUUCAGAACAGGAUACAGAGUCAAGUCUGCUAUGGUCGCCUUAGUGGAUGAUCUAUGUUUUAACACUGACAAGGGGUAUGUGUCCCCAUCGGUGCUUUAGAUCUCUCAGUGGCAUUUAAUAACAUCAAUCAUGGUACGCCUGGGGGGGGGGGGGGGGAGUAGGAAUCAGAGGCACCGUGUUGCAGUGAUUCUGAUUAUAUUUCUCAGGCGGGUCCAAAUGCUGAUGCCUGGAGUCAGCAAAAAAAGGAGCUAUGUGGCAUUCCACAAGGUGCCGUUCUAUCCAUAAUGCUUUUUAACAUUUACAUGAAACCUGGUUGAGAUCAUCCAGAGGCAUGGGGCAAGGUGCUAUCAGUAUGCUGAUGACACUAAAAUAUAUUUCUUCAUGCCUUUAGAUAAGGUUAGCAUGUCUCUGAAUGAAUGCCUGGAGGAGGUGAUGGGCUGGAUGAAGAAAAACAAAUUGAAACUGAAUCCAGACAAAACAGACAUGCUUGUCAUCAAGGGUCCUAAAAUAGGAAUGGAUGUGUGUCAAUCAGUCCUGGACGGGGUUACACUCCCCCUGAAAGACUGUAUCGGCAGUUUGGGAGUGCUCCUGGAUCCGUCUCUUCAAAUGUCAGUCCAGGUAGAUGUGAUGGGCAAGAGUGCUUACUACCAGCUUUGGCUGAUAUGCCAGCUGUGCUCCUUCCUAGAACUAGAGAACCUAAAGAUGGUAGUGCUCAUGUUGAUAACCUCAAAAUUGGACUUCUGCAAUGUGCUUUACAUUGGGCUACCUCUAUAGCAAGUUCAGAAACUCUGACAGCUCUGAAGAUCUAUUUCUUCCAUUAUGCCUGCCAAGCCAGUUUUAACUAUAAUUUUUUAAAUUGCAUAGUUGUAUUGUAAUACGUUGUAUUUUGAUAUGUGCUUGUUUUAAGAUAUGCUUUGAUGGAUGUAUUUUAACUAUUUCAAUACGUUUUUAAUGUAUGUAUUUUAUAUGUGCCGUAAGGAGAGGUGUAAUUAAUAAAAAAUGUUGAUGAUGAA